AUGGUAAUUGGCUUGAGGGCCAAGGAAGGCCAAUAUAGUCUCAGUUUCCACAACUACUACAAUCUGAUGCAGAGACAGGAAUGCCCAUUCAACGUCAUGUUGAAAAUGAUCCAGGAGAAGAACCCAGAGGACUUCCUAUUGGCAUUGGAAAUUCCUUUCAAGCUCUAUCUGGUCCUGUCUGCCUGUUUCCUGGCCACUGGCAUUUUUUGGGUAUCCGUCCUCUGCAAGAUCACAUGAUAUCCUUGCCCCUGGGGGUACAGUGUCUUUAAGAUCCACUUGCUCAUGGUGGCCCUGGCUUUCACCAGGAGUAUCUUGCUCCUUUUUCACCACAUCAACUACUACUUCAUCAACAACCAGGGCCAUCACAUCAAAGGCCUUGCUGUCAUGCAUAACAUGACACACUUAUUGAUGGGUGCCCUUCUCUUCACCAUUUCCUUGAUCAGCUCUGGCUGGGCAUUUGUCUAGUGCAUGCUGUCCAACAAGGAGAAUCUUGGGAUCCUGAUCCUGAUACAGGUCCUGGCUAACCUGGCCUACGUCGUCAUCACAUCCUAUGAGGAGGGUGUUAGUGACUGUGGGCUUCUCUUUCUGGUAGAUCUUAUCUGUUGCGAUACUAUCCUUUUUCCUGUGGUCUGGUCCAUCCAGCAUCUGGCCCCAAGGAAGGUGGCAGUGAACCUGGACAAGCUGAAGCUGUUUCAACAUUACCAUGUCGUGAUCAUCUGUUGCAUCUACUUCAUGAGGAAGAUCGCUAUCCUGCUGUGGGUGGCCAUGCCUUUCCAGUGGCAGUGGCUGUACCAGCUCUUGCUUGAGGACUCCACUCUCACCUCUCUUUACUCACCACAGGUUACAAGUGCUGCAGGCAGGCAACAACCCCUGUAA